AUGACAUCUUUUGAGCACGUCGGCGUCAUGGUCGGGCGACUGCAACAUUCCAGUCUUCUCAACUCGUCUCCCCAACAACAGCAACACGCAAACCCAAGAUCUCACAUCAACAGAGACAAGAUGGUCUCGCUAGACGCCGUAUUGCAAUGCACCAAGCAAGCUCUGCACAUAUGCACCAAAACCCUUGACUGCAACUUUUGCCCCACACAACAAUCCUGUGUGUUCCUGAUCCCCAGGCUCGCGGUACAGAUGGCUGUUCUUGUGGAUCAAGCAUGCAGAGACUACAAGCUAUGUUUUGGACAUCGGAAGCGCGAGUAUCUGGGUCAUGACCCGAUGUUGCUGGGACAGUAUAGUCUAGACACUCUCAGCGAGUGGCUUGCGGUGAUGGGUCCUGUAGUUCUUCUCCAAGCAAGAGGUUGGGAAGCUUUGCUGAGUAGAUUGACUGGGUUCGAAGAUCUGGGGCGAGAGGAAAUGGUCAGGAGUGCGAUGCAGAGUACGCAUAGAAGCGUGACGAUGAUAUUGCAGCUUCUUUGA